CUCUUCCGCUCGGUGUUCUUGUCCUUUUCAUCAAAAUGGCUCCGAAACCGAAGCCCACGGAAAAACCAAGCAAGCCUGCCGAGAAGAAGGCAGAGAAGAAGACAGAAAAGAAGCCCGCUGCAGCUGCUUCGACGUCAAAGGUGACCAAGCCUGCAGCCAAACCUGCCGCCAAGAAGCCAGCGAGUGCUAAGCCUGCUGCCAAAGCUGCUGCUAAGCUUGUUGCUAAACCUGCAGCAUCCAAGCCAGCUAUCGCCAAGCCGAAGAAGAAUGUCGCUGCGAAAAAGACUCCCAAAGGUGGGAAGGCUCCUUCCAAGCCAGUGCAGAAGGCGCUUAAGGCACAAAAGAAGAUCUUGAAGGGUGUACACGGUUCCCGUGUUCGAAAGAUUCGGACGUCGGUGCACUUCCAUCGGCCAAAGACAUUCAGGCCGCCGAGAAAUCCCAAGUAUCCACGCAAAUCUGUGCCCAACAGAAACCGCAUGGAUGCUUUCAAUAUCAUCAAGUUUCCACUAACAACUGAGGCUGCGAUGAAGAAAAUUGAGGACAACAAUACCUUGGUCUUCAUUGUCCACACGCGCGCCAAUAAAUAUCACAUCAAGGCGUCUGUCAAGAAACUCUACGACAUCGACGUAGCUAAAGUGAACACUUUAAUCAGGCCAGAUGGCAAGAAGAAAGCGUACGUUCGAUUGGCACGUGACUACGAUGCCCUUGAUGUUGCUAACAAAAUCGGCAUCAUAUAAACACCUUAAUUGUGUACUUGUAUAAAAUUGAAAAAACACUGUCAAGAUAAUAAAUAUCUUCACAGGUCA